GUUGCUGCACUGGGGAGACAUUGGGUCUCCUAGCAAAGUUUUGAGCCCCCCCAAGUGGGGAGAGAUUCGGGAGUCCUUGCUCCAAUCUGCACUCGCAAGCGAGCAUGGAGCUGCUGAAUGAUUGCAGAGUUGGGGAAAGGUAGAGAAGGUGGUCGCGGCGGUACAGGAGGCUAAGGCGUGCUGGUUGGCGGUGUGAGCUGCUCUGUCUGCGGAUGAAGAGCCGCCUCGGGAACAGUGGGAGACAGUGCCCUCGGGGACAGUGAGUCAGACUCAGACGGAGUGGACGACCGUGGAGCGGGGCUCACAGAGUGGUCUGUCUUUGAUUGAGGACAUGAGCACGGAGGGUGCUGCGGAGACUGAGGUUUUUCCUGUAGGGGCGGCACCAGCAGGACCUGAUGCGCCCCCCCCACAGUAUCCGUGGGAGGAACGGCCACCCACGGAGGCGAUAACUGGGAGGCAGCAGGGGCUGGAAGCUAUGGGGGGGAGGAAGGCGCCUCCCUGUGGGGAAAAUCAGGCGCCCUUGCCGGGAGAGCGGACUGAGCCUCCUGAACCUUUACCCGAGCCUACGCCUGCUGAGCCACUACCUGCACCCUUGCCGGAGAAGAUUAAACCCUCGUCUGGGUCCUUCCGGAGGUGGCGUGAGGUGCCACCUCAGGUCGGUUCCGAUAGUUCUGACGAGGGGAAGGCAGAUGAUGCAGUACGGAGGCCACUGAGACCUGCGCCACAGGUACAGACAGAAGGGGGGCAGGACGCCUUGCAGAGACUGCAGGGCUUGUUGGGGAGGCUUGAGGGGGCUAUACAGAAUGCCGAGCGUGCGGUGCCGUUGAUGCCUCCGACGCUGGGGGCGGGGGAUGGCGAGGAAGGGGACACCCAGAGGGGCACAGACUGGUGA